CCAGCCCUUCUUGUCCCCGCCCCAGCCCCAGUUCCACUCCCACUUCCUGAGCUAAGCAACAGGAGCCUGGGAGGCCAGGCCCGCCGCUCCCUGCGGCCCCCUGGGGGCACCUCGAGCCCCCCUGCCUUCCCCAACUCAGGGCUCUGAAACCUGCCUGCCCCGGUUGCUCUCCAGGCCUCUGCAAGUCCUGACUUCCCUGGCCCCUCCCUGCCCCUCUCGUAUGGACGCCAUGCGCCUGUCCCCUGCCUGUUUCCUUCAGGGCCUGGUCUGGGGCCCUCUCAUCCUAGGCCUCCUUGGGUUUGUGGCUGGUCUUCAACUCAGACAGGGGCCUCCGGACACAAAGUGUGGAGAUAAGGAAUAUUAUGAGCCCAAACACCAGAUCUGCUGUUCCCGCUGCCCUCCAGGUAUGUUUGUCACAAGUCGCUGUGAUAAACAACGAAACACCACCUGCGGUGUGUGCCCGCCGGGCUCCUUUAAUGAAUUCUGGAACCACAUUGAACAAUGCCAGCUGUGUCGCCAGUGUGAUGAAGUGCUAGGCUUUGAGGAGGUAACUCCCUGCAACGCCAGCAAGAAAACCCAAUGUCGCUGUCGCCAGGGCAUGUACUGCCCCAACCAGGGUGCUGAAUGUGAGCACUGCGAGCCGCUCAGCCCCUGCCCGCCGGGCACAGAACCUGAACUCACAGGUAGGGCUGGAGAGGCUGACAACAACUGUGUUCCCUGUAAAAAUGGCUACUUCCAGAACAUAUCUUCUCCUGACAUUCGGUGCCAACCUCAUACCAACUGUGAGGCACAGGGCUUGGUGACUGCUGUUUCUGGGACCGCCGAGUCGGAUGCCAGGUGCCAGAUCUCACCAUGGAAGAUGCCAGGGACAAUUUUGCUGCUAUACAUCCUGAUCCCCCUGGCUUCCAUUCUACUCCUUAUCAUCGUCUUCUCCUAUGCCUGGAAGAGGCACCCCUCUCUCUGCCAGAAGCUGGGAGCACUACUCAAGAGAAGACCUGAGAGAGAAGAUCUGAAUCCUGCCCCAAACCAGGAUGUCCCUGGAGCAAAUCAGAAGUUCCCUGACUUGGUAGAACCACUCCUAAAAGCUGUAGGAGCUGCCCCUCCGGCCCCCAAUGGACUUCCCCCACCAGUGGUGGAAACAGAAAUCCUGCAUCAACACUGCUCCCUGGGCCAGGGCCGAGAGCAGGGCACAGAGCCCGAGGAGCAGAGCCAGGAGCUGCUCCAUGGUACCAAAGGUAUGAUUGUGACAGGUGGCUCAGUCACUGUCACAGGCAAUAUCUAUAUCUAUAAUGGACUAAUCUUGGGAGGAACACCGGGGCCUGGAGAGCCUCUGCAUCAACCUGAACCCCCUUACCCUAUCCCAGAGGAGGGUACCCCAAAUUCCCUGGGCUUCACUGGACCACACCAAGAGGACGGGAAAGCUUGGCAUCUAGCUGAGUCAGAGACCUUGGGACGCCAUGAUCAAUAGCUGGGAAUGAAGAAAUUACAAUUUGCUGACUAUUUGUGAAAAUGCCUGUGGAAAAUGCCAGAGCACUGUGGCACCUGAGGCAGUCUCACUUGCACAGGAUUUAUAGGGGGUCUGACUCAGAGCCCCCUGGGAGGGCAGAGUUACCACCAGGUGGAAUCAAAGGCACUUCUAAAGGUGGAGUGUCUCCUGUGGGUAACGGACAGGUGUGCGUUGUCCUACCAAAGCACCUACUAAGCCUGCAGGGGUCCUCAAACUAUGGCCCACGGGCCAGAUGCAGCAGCUGAGGACCCCUCACCCAGGGCUAUGAAGUUUUUUUAUUUAAAAGCCCACAAAACAAAGUUUUUGUUUUUACUAUAGUCCGGCCCUCCAAUAGUCUGAGGGACAGUGAACUGGCCCCCUAUUUAAGUUUGAGGACCCCUGUAACUAAGGCAUCAAAGGGCAUUCUAGACUUCAUCAUGCCGGCCAUGGACACUGUGACAGCCUCUGAUGCCAUCCUGUCUACCCAGUGGUUCUGUCCACUAUCCACUGCCCAGCACAGAGCCGCUGCGGGCCUUGAGGCAUUCUCACCCCAGGCCGCUGGGAUGAUGGGAUUUUCAAACACAUCCAUCCCAGCCCCUGGACCCAAGUGGUGGGAUAAAUGCCUCAGGAAAUACCAGGGACUGGAAGAGUUAGCCUGGACCUGAGGACAAAUGGAAGAAGUCUUCUAUAAGAAGAGGUGUUCCAGGAAAAUGGGGGUGGGGGGUUUAGAUUUGGGAUAGGGUUUUGUACAGAGGAGGAGGAGGGAAAUAUCAGGCAUAUUUAAUUGCUUUGUAACCACUUGGAAAUAAAGAAAUGACUGAAAACUUGAAA